AUACUGCAGUACAAAAGAUGCGUACACCUCUGAAAUGACUUUCCUUGCAUUAUAACCUUGAUUCAGACAUCCCGAAACUCAUUGCAGGGUUGAAAAUGAGCAUCUUCAAGUUUUCAGAGAGACCCGGGUAACCAAAAGCUACAGAAUCACCCAAGUCUUUUAAGAAAUCAGUUUAUUGUAUAACUUGGCAACAAAUUAACAAGUUUACACAGAAACCAUGGAAUGGAAAAAAGGCCGAACAAAUUCUGAUUUAAAAAAAAAUCUUAGCCCGAACGAGAAAUCAUAGAAUGUAAAAAAGACCACAAUUAGCAGUCUCUGAUGUAUCAUUCUUUGUGGGUAUCCCUGUAGCUUGUAAUAUACAUACCUCAAGUCUAUACUCUAUACAUCCUACAUAGUUGAGGCAACAUUGACACAAAAGAUUGAGGCCUGAGAUUGAAGAGGUAAAGGAUUAUUGAACUUGAAUUGUUAACCUCAGACUAUUGGGAAACCACAUUAGUAUUGCUUUAUUAUCAUUAUUAUUCAUACUAAAUAUUUAAUUACAAUGACAUUGUCUCUGCUUCCUCAAAACAAUUCUGCAAACCACAAGAAGGAUGAAAAAGAGGGAGUUGAGGACACCACGCUGCAUGUCCUUGUUCCAUUGAAAAUAAAUUCCAAGCUGAACCGGUUUCUUCUUGGUCUUCCAGACAGGAUUCAAGGAUUUUCCUGUUUAACUUUUCAUGGUGUUGGUGACAAGAUAAAUGGGACAAAUUCAUAUUUGGCGAGAUGUUUGCAAACUACAGAGGUUCGCAAUCUGUCCAUACAUUUUGCAAGUUCUCAGUUCAUUGAGCGUCACAGAGAAACCUUACUCCUUGGUAUCUCCCGACCUGGAUCCAUGAGUCAGGAUAUUGUCUGGUGUAACGGAUCCCAAUGGUUAGAGGUGUCUCAUCUUCCAACCUUUCCUCCACUAUCUAUUCCACCUAGUUCUAUCCUCAGCUGGGGAUACUUGUGGAACAUAGAGAUUCCCAAACCAAAUCAAGAUCAUCUCAAUCCACUCUUCAACAUUCAGAUGCUCUUCGAGAACUUAGUUUCACGAAGUGUCGGAGCUCUGUCUAACUGGGGACCCUAUCCUCUCUAUAAGAUUGUCAGCAGCAUGGUGUUCUGUUGGAAUCCAACUCUUGCUAAACGGUUUGAUAAGGCAAAGGAGAUGUUUGUGAAUCAGGAGGAACGACUGAGUUUCCAUGGGACCAACAGAGAGUCAGCUGAGAAGAUUCUUGAGUUUGGAUUCAGUGAGAAGUUGGUUAAACGAACCUACCACGGAGAAGCCGGUGUGUACACAACAGAUCUAUUUGAUAAAGCAUUCCAGUUCUGUAAACGUCAUAACGGUGCUGUUCUAAUCUGCAGGGUUCUCCUGGGCUCAUCUCACAUAAGAUCAGAGCACACGGAUAUGUCCGGGAUAAAAAUUACAGCUGACUCUGUUCUUGUCCCAAGGGACAAUAAAGUGUUUAGUCGUCAAACCCUUCCAACUGGGGCUUACUUUCAGGCAGGGCUUAGAUCAGCAGACCAGGCUUUACCUAUUGGGGUUCUUUAUAUCAACAGUUUUGAUGAAAUGAAAUAAAAUAUUAUCAGAAAGAUAAUAUUUUUCUAUAUUUAAGUACAUUUCAAAAUUAAUGACGUAUACUAUUUUUAUGAUCAAUAAUUAUUGCCACAAACUAACAAAGAAUUG